AUUCCACCGAUUCCUGCUGGGCUUCCGCUUCCGUGUCCAGCUCGUGCUGGACCGUCGUAAUUGCUGUUUUCUUGUAUGGGCCUCCACUAGCCCAUGUAACCGAGCCCACGCCUAGCAUUUCCUAAGCCCGAGCGCCAUGCUUCCGUUCCGGCAACGCAACCCACCGGAGGAAUUCUCAUCUGGAGGAGAAGGAAACUCGUCCGCCCCCAAAUCGACGACGGGCACCAGAUGCGGCCGCCGUCGCCGCCGCGGCCGCUGGCCUUCCCGACGCUAGACUCGCUCGCGGCGUACCUCCGGCCGCGCCUCCCGGGCCCGGCGCUCGCCUCCUGGGGAUCCGCGCCGGGGACCAAGAACCUGCUCAACCUCUUCCUGGAGCUCUCCUGCGGCGACUGCACGCUCCUGCCCGCGGCCUCCUCCCCACCGGCCCUCGUCGUGCGCGCCGUCCACGUCGCCACCGUGCGCAUCCGCAAUCGCCGGGGCGCGCUCCUCGUGGAGACCCGCCAGCUGCUCUCCGACGGCACGCUCCGCCGCCGGGCCGCGCGGCCGCUCUCCGAGAAGAUGCGCCCCGGGGAGACCCCCGAGGCCGCCGCGGCCCGCGCCGUCGUCGAGGAGCUCGGCGAGCGCGCCCGCGUCCGGAUCGUGGGGGCGGUCCCGGAGCCGCGCGUGGAGGAGCGGGAGUCCGUCUCGUACCCAGGACUCCCCGCCAGGUACGUGCUGCACGCGGUGGACGCGGAGCUCGUGGAGGGCGUCCCGGAGGAGGGCGAGUUCGACACGGAGGAGGGCGGCGAGGGCGAGGGCCACGACGGCGGCGGCGCGGCCAUCACCGUGAAGCGGCACUACUGGUCGUGGGUCGACGACGACGAGGCCCGCGGCGAGGCCGCCCCGGCCGCCGUCGCCGGACUGCAGUGUUCAUAGUACGGCGGCCCUUUUUGCAACCCGCACAGUUCGUCACUCUCUCUCUCUCUCUCUCUCUGCGCCGCAGGGACGUCGAAGUGUUUCUUCCGCGCUCGGGUCUGUUUGUUUGAGCUUCGAGGCCAGAUUCAGCUUGGCCGGUGAAGCCGAAUCUGAAAGCUGAAACAAUCUAUUAACAUUCAGGCUAUUUUGAAUGCAAUUGUCCGAGACAUCUUUGGGUGUCUGCGUACACAAGUUGCGCGGAAGGAAUUUAGCCUGUUGGAUUGCCUGCAUUCAUCGUCGGGUCUGCAUUGCAUGAAGUUUAGAACAUCUCUGGGUCUGGUUCCCAGAGAAUGCUCGAUUUGGCAGUUUUUCACAAGCUAGGCCUGGGCUCGAUGCUAUCGAGCGCACGUGGGUGACUCUCCCCCGGUGCGGUUACGUGGGCUCCUUCAUUCUGGGUACACCUCGUACGUGAGUUUGCACGUUUUCUACGGUAAUCUCUUCUUAAUUUCUUUCAUCUUCUAAUCCACAAAAUAAUGCUUGGAUUUAAAAGAUAAGGUCUACAGAAAGAAGAUGCACAUCGAUGUUGAUCAGUUCGUAGUUUCGUCUGCCAUAAAU